AUGGAUCCCAAUACGGGCAAGGCAGACGCUCAACACGAUGAAGAUGCCUACGUCGAUUUGCCCAAGCCUCACCAACUCGGAGUGGUCGACGAAUAUGUGCCAGACACCCCAGAGGAGCGCAAACUGGUUCGAAAGAUUGACCUUUACCUCCUUCCUGCGAUAUGGGGGAUGUACUUGCUGUCGUACAUGGACCGUACAAACAUCGGCAACGCCAAAACAGCCGGCAUGACCCAAGACCUAGACAUGGACUCCACGAAAUACAGCAUUGCCCUCACAGUCUUCUUCGUGGGUUACGUCGUCUUCGAGGUCCCUUCCAACAUGAUUCUUGCCCGAACGAAGCCCUCUGUCUUCCUCCCGACCAUAAUGUUUCUCUGGGGCUGUGUCACCAUCGCCAUGGCUUGGGUUCCAAACUACAAGGCUCUCAUCGGACUGCGGAUCGUCGUGGGCGUGCUUGAGGCCGGGUUCGCUCCUGGUGUGCUGCUUACGUUGUCGAGCUGGUACAAACCUAACGAGCAGGCGAAAAGAUUUGGCGUUUACAUCUCGGCUGCUAUUUUGUCGGGAGCUUUUGGAGGGCUCAUCGCAGGGGCUAUUGAGGAUGGACUUGAUGGCGCCCAUGGACUUCCUGGAUGGAAGUGGUUGUUUAUCGUUGAAGGCUCCGCUACAGCAGGCUUCUCCCUAGUAGCCUCCUUCCUUCUCCUAGACUUCCCCGAGAACGACAAGCGUCUCACAGACAGCGAACGCCAAUUGGCAAUCAAGCGCCUUCAGUACGCCCGUCCAAACACCCAGGACCAUGAAGAGAAGCUCGGCCACGUGCAAGCCCUGAAGCGCGCCGUCGUGGACUGGCGCACCUGGGUCUUUGUCGUCGGCUACAUGGCCAUCGUGGGUUCCUCGACCCUCUCCUAUUUCUACCCUACCCUGGUCCAGGGCCUCGGCUACGCCGGCUCCGUGACGCAGUACAUGACCGUGCCAAUCUACAUUGCUGCGUUCAUAUGCACCUUCUUCAACAGCAUCUUCAUGGACCGUGUACCACAGUACCGCGGCCUUUCUCUGGCGAUUUGGAUGACCGUCGCCAUGGUCUGCAGUAUCGUCACGUGCGCUGUGUACAACUUUCAUGCGCGGUACGCCCUGCUUGUCAUCAUGGCGAGUGCGCUAUGGGCGUCCAACGCGCUGUCCUUGGCGUAUGCGUCUACAACCUUUGGGUCGAUGAACCAUGAGGUCAGGGGAAUCAGCCUAGCCAUCGUUAACGCGAUGGGAAAUCUGGCGCAGAUUUAUGGGGCAUAUUUGUUUCCUGACUCUGAUGCGCCGAAGUACCUCAUGGGAUUUGGAGUCAUCAGUGGGAUGUGUUUUACGGGUGUGGUGUCGUAUUUUAUUUUGCAGGUAAUGCUUCGCAGACAUCCCAACUGA